AUGGUGAAAGCCCUGAGCAUCGCGUGCCUGGGCGUGCUGGGCUUCGCCGGUGCCCACAAGCCCCGCACGGACGUGGAGAAGGCAUUCGACAAGUUCUUGAAGGAUUUCAGCAAGGACUACGACGACGUCGAGAAGCAGGCUCGCUUCGGUGCCUUCGCGGACAACUUCGAGUACAUCGCGCGUGAGAAUGCCAAGGGUCAUUCCUACCAGCUCGGUUUGAACGAGUUCUCGGACUUGUCGCUGGAUGAGUUCAAGAUGAACAAACUCGGGCUGAAACUUCCAGAGUCCGUGUGGGGGGAGCUGCCGAGCUUGGGCAUGCACAAGGCAGGCAACUCCUCGCUGCCCAGCUCGGUCGACUGGCGCAGCAAGGCUGUGACGCCUGUAAAGAAUCAGCAGCAGUGCGGCUCAUGUUGGGCAUUCUCUACGACGGGUGCCUUGGAGGGUGCCUGGGCCAUUGCCACGGGCAAGCUUGUCUCGCUGUCUGAGCAGCAGCUGGUCGAUUGCUCCAAGAAGUUCGGCAACGAGGGCUGCAGCGGAGGCCUCAUGGACAACGGCUUCAAGUAUGAGGAGCAGGCACCUGUGUGCACGGAGGACAGCUACCCGUACUUGGCCAAGAACGGCAUCUGCAAGGCCUCCGGCUGCAAGGUGGGAAUUCCCGCGCACGGCGUCACCGGCUACAAGGACGUCAAGGCCGACGACGAGCAGUCUCUGAUGGACGCUGUCUCGAAGCAGCCUGUGUCCGUGGCCAUCGAGGCAGAUCAGAUGGCCUUCCAGCUCUACAAGGGCGGAGUGCUCAGCAAGACCUGCGGCACCAAGCUGGACCACGGCGUCUUGGUCGUGGGCUACGGAACCGAGGACGGCAAGGACUACUGGUUGGUGAAGAACAGCUGGGGAUCUAGCUGGGGGGAAUCCGGUUACGUGAAGCUGGAGCGUGGCAAGCCGGGACCUGGUGAGUGCGGCAUCAAGAGCCAGGCAUCCUACCCCGUCGUGUCCGGCAAGGGCCCCUCGCCAUCUCCUCCCUCUCCUCCCUCUCCUCCGUCGCCCCCAUCUCCUCCGACUCCCAGCAGCAGCCACUAUGAGAAGCCGCCGUGCCAGAAGGAC